CGUGCGCGCGCCGCGUCCCCGCCAGUUGCAGGCGCGCCGGCUUCCCAUUGGCCGCGGCGGCCGCGCGCUCCCGCCCCCGCGCGCCCCCGCCGCCGCCCGCCGCGCGCUCCGGGCUCCGGGCUCCGUGUCGGGCGCGCGCCUCGGCGGGCCCGCGUGCCCCCCGCCCGCGCCGUCGGCUGGGGUCCCGCGCAGGAGGCUGCGGGCAGCUGGGGCGCCGCCGGGGUUCCGUCCCGCCCGGCCGUGCGCAGCCCGCGCGCAGAUGCGGGCGGCUCCGGGGCCGGCGCGGGAGGGAGGCGGCUGGUGCGGGGCCGCAGACGCUGGCGAGCCGGAUGCCCUCUGCGGGUGAAAGAUGCAUAAUGGAAGCGGCCCGGGCGGCGGACGCGGGGGCCCCCAGAGACCCCUGGCCCGUGAUCCUUUGGCUCCAGCUGGCCCUGUGCUUCGGCCCCGCGCAGCUCACGGGCGGGUUCGAAGACCUUCAGGCGUGUGCCGACCCAGGGGUCCCCCAGAACGGCUUCAGGACUCCUGGUGGCGGCGGUGGUGGUGGCAGCGGGCUAUUCUUGGAGAACACGGUCACCCGCUUUCACUGCCAGGAGGGAUUCAAGCUGCGGGGAGCCGCCAAGAGACUGUGCGUGAAACAUCGGAAUGGGAGCCUGGGCUGGGUGCCCGGCGAGGAGCCGGCCUGCCUGCAGGAAGACUGCCGUGUUCCCCAGAUCGAAGACGCCGAGAUCCAGAACAAGACAUACCGACACGGAGACCAGCUGGUCGUCACCUGCCGUGAAGGGUUUAAGAUCCGCUACCCCGACCUGUAUAACUUGGCCUCCUCGUGUCGUGACGACGGGACCUGGGACAACCUGCCCAUCUGUCAAGGCUGCCUGCGACCCCUCGCCUCCUCCAACGGCUACGUGAACAUCUCGGAGUUCCAGACCUCCUUCCCUGUGGGCACUGUCAUCUCCUACCGAUGCUUUCCUGGCUUUAAGCUCGAGGGGUCUGAGUAUCUGCAGUGCUCACCCAACCUGCUCUGGUCGGCCAGCCCACCCCGGUGUCUUGCUCUGGAAGUGUGCCCGCUGCCCCCCAUGGUGAACCACGGCGAUUUCAUUUGCCACCCGCGGCCAUGCGAACACUUCAGCCAUGGGACGGUGGUGGAGUUCUCCUGCGAGCCUGGGUACAGCCUCACCAGCGACUACAAGUAUAUCACAUGUCAGUACGGAGAGUGGUUCCCCUCCUAUCAGGUGUACUGCAUCAAGACAGAGCAAGCGUGGCCGGGCGCACACCAGACCCUGCUGACCACGUGGAAGAUUGUGGCGUUCACGGCCACCAGUGUGCUGCUGGCACUGCUGCUUGUCAUCCUGGCCCGCGUGUUCCAGACCAAGUUCAAGGCCCACUUCCCCCCCAGGGGACCCCCUCGGAGCUCCAGCAGUGACCCCGACUUCGUGGUGGUGGACGGAGUGCCCGUCAUGCUCCCGUCCUAUGACGAGGCCGUGAGUGGCGGCCUGAGUGCCUUAGGCCCCGGCUUCCUGGGCUGCUCCAUACCUGUGGACGACCAGAGCCCCCCAGCAUACCCCGGCUCAGGGGACCUGGACACGGGCCCCAGCAUGUCGGAAGCCUGCCCCCCUGAGCUGCGGCAGAGCCUGUCCCCACAGCCCGCUUGCCCGGGGGGCACUCAGCCUACUGCCGGGAACCCCACCUCGGAGGCCAGCCCGACAGGAGAGGCUGUGUCCACCAGCCCCAACAUCGACAUCGAGGAUGAGAUCCCACUCAUGGAAGAAGACCCGUGAGCAGGUGAUGGCAUUGUCCCUCUGGGGAUGGUGGCCUUGUCCCUUGGAGUGAGGCCACAGAAGGACUGAGCCCAGGAGGGCGGGCGUGAGGACAAGGACUGCCGUGGACCACACACCCAGGGAGGCUGACAAGCUGUGGCCGCUGUCUUUGUGAAUGAGACUCUAGGGGUCACUGAGGGAGAAGGGGUGCCCCGGGAUGGUGGUGUCUGCGUGUCCCCUGCCCCCGGCACUGAGCAACCGUUGGGAUGAGCACCGCCAGCCCCUCCGAACGCAUGCCACGUUAUGGAAUCCCGCUUCUCAGACCUGCUCCAGACUGCCCCUGGGCUCCCGGCAUGUGGGGCAGGCCUCUGCGGGAGGAGCGCCCCUGCAGGCUCCCCAUGGAGGGGAGGGCUCUCACACCACCAGGGGACUCCUUUCCCUCCUCUGUACGGACUCAGCUCAGAGCACCCACUGAGGCGGGUUGUGGCUGUUCUGGUGAGAAGGAGAAGGCCCAGGUCUGUUCUGCCUUCUGGAAGGUUCUUCCAGGAAGCUGAUCACAUACUCUGCACAGUGCUGGACUGUCCUUAUGUGAAACAGUCUGUGUACUCCAGGUCUUGUGGCUGGACACAGGGUCAGGAUUUGCCCAGAGUCAAUGCGCCCCCUGCCCCUCCCUGGUUAGUUAAUUUCACGGUCAUCACUCCCCAACUCGGCCACAAGGUCUACUUCCACAACAGCUCCUGCAGACCUGUCCCAUCUCCAGACAGAGCAUGGGGUGGGCUUUCUCUCUCACCCUCAUCCAGCCCCCAGCCCAGAGGCCCCUCUCCAGCCCACCCCGGGCCUAGCUGCCCCCUGCCCACCACACCUGCGCUCCUGCUGCCUGGCUCUGGUCCCGGGAUGCCGUCCCGGAGAAGACGAUUGACUGGUCGCUGACCCAAGCGAGUCCUGCUGUGUCUGGCCCUGCUGAGUGGGUGGGGUCCCUCUGGCCUGUGGGCUUCAGACAAACACAAGGACUCUCGGGUCCGCACGGUGGCCACCGCGGGGGCCUGGUGAAACCCUGGUUUGCUCUCGACACAGGCUGAUUAAAAAUUACAAAAUGA